AGUCACUGUUUUGAUUCUUCCAAGCUCUAAAGGGGUGACUCCAUUUUCCAAAACCAUGGGGAAUCGAACGCGCGCGACGUGAAGUCCAUGAAAACUCCACUCCAGAGAGAUUCUAGGGCAUAUUCGUUGCAAUGGACGCUAUCCAGCCUCCUCCUCUCGCGUCCUCGGCAGCGGCGGAUUCGGGCGCCAAGGAUCUCGACAUUGUCAUCCUCGUCUCCAAAGGUCUGGGAUCUUCGCUCGCUUCGUGGCGCUCCAUUCUAAAACCUUACCAUCUCCUCAUUGUGAUCGACGAGGAGGAGGAAGAGAUCCAGCAGCACCUCCAUGGCCUGGAUUUCGCCCUCUACUCCACCGCCGACGCCAAUUGCGAGCUGGAGCGAUGCAAUCUCUUGGGCGCCAAGGACCGCUCGGCCCUAGCCGCGGCGCGCGCUUUCGCCCUCCUCGCCUCCACUCGCAGGUACCUCGCCUUCUUGGAUCUCAGCUCCGCGGCUCCUGCCACAGAUCCGGCCACCGGCGACGCCAUCGAUCCAUUCCAGCAGCACCUCGCGAAUCUGCGAUCGCCCUCCACGCCCUUCUUCUUCAACACGCUCUACGAUCCCUUCCGGCCCGGCGCGGACUUCGUCCGGGGAUACCCUUUCAGCCUCCGGACGGGGGUUCCCACCGCGAUCUCGCACGGGCUGUGGCUGGAUCCGGCCAAGAAGCCCGCGGAUCUGGUGCUCACUGUGCCCAGGGACGUGUUCUUCGCGAUGCGAUCCAUCAAUGUGGCUUUUGAUCGCGAGCUCGUCGGGGGGGCCAUGUUCCUGGGCAGUGGAGAUCUCUGGGCGGGGCUCUGCGCCAAGAGGAUCUGUGACCAUCUGCGAGUUGGGGUGAAGUCCGGGAUCCCAUACGUGGCUUCUCGCGGCCAGGAAAAGGAGGAAGAGACCACCGAGCUCGCGGAUCCGGAGAUCAUCGAUUUUGUACGCGGGAUUGAGCUGCCGGAUGCUGCCGUCUCGGCUGUGGAUUGCUAUGAAGAGAUUGUGAAGAAGAUCAAGGCCGAGAAGCCCAAGUUCGCGGGAGAGAUCUCAGUGGCGGGUCUGGAAGCCUGGAUCGCGGCUUGGAAGAAGACAUAGAACAAACAAACGGUUCUUGAGUGAAACGCACAAAAGGAAUAAUUCGCCUCUGUGCAAGGCAUAUUCUGAUAUAAAUUCUCUAUAGAAAAAAGGGUACCUUUAAAAGUUUUAGGUAA